UGCAGCCUAAGUGGUUACGUCGCCGGCCACCAACCCGGGGGGGCUUCCCCGGGGCCGAUAAAAGUGGUUCUGCGGUCGCAUGGCUGGGCUUUUCCCCUCAGGACCUACGAUUCUCCUUGAUUUUCCCGCCCGGCCGGAACCUGGACGCUUUCCAACCGCGCUCCAGCUGAUGCGCCCUGCCGGUGCGCUUUUACGCACAGCUGGGGCCAUCGGGCUCCAGGCCCCGGCGCUGUGAGCCGCGUCUCGCUCCUCGCCUCCCCGGCAGGAUGGACGCCCCGCCGCCGUUGUCCCUUCGCGACCGGCUGAGUUACUCGGUGGGUCAUUUCCUGAACGACUUGUGCGCCUCGAUGUGGUUCACCUACUUGCUGGUUUACUUCCAUUCGGUGUUGGGCUAUAGCACCCAACAUGCGGGGGCGCUGCUGCUGGCGGGGCAGGUGGCCGAUGGCAUCUGCACGCCCCUGGUGGGCUACGAGGCGGACCAAGCCGGCGGGUGUGGGCGCUACGGGCGGAGGAAAUCGUGGCAUCUGGCUGGGACCAUCUGUGUUCUGCUCUCCUUCCCCUUCAUCUUCAGCCCAUGCAUCGGCUGCACGGAGAACACACCCGAGUGGGCUGCGCUCAUCUACUUCAUCCCAUUUAUUAUCAUCUUCCAGUUUGGCUGGGCAGCCACCCAAAUCUCUCACCUCUCGCUCAUACCAGAGUUGGUCACUACCGACCAUGAGAAGGUGGAGCUCACAGCUUUCAGGUAUGCCUUCACUGUCAUGGCCAACAUCACGGUGUAUGGAGUUGCAUGGUUCCUCCUGCACUUCCAGGUCGAUCCCACAGAGACAAAGAAACUCACCCAGCACCUCGGGCGCCACGACAUUCCUGUCUUUCGGAACCUGUCCCUGAUUGUGGUAGGAUGUGGUUCCGUUUUUUCGCUCCUCUUCCAUCUUGGGACUAAAGAAAAGACGCGGACAGUUUCCAGAUUGCCUGAUCCAGAUGAGCAUAGUCCCCUAUUACCUCUGGAGCAAAAACAGCCCAUUCGUUCCAUUGUGCUUUGGAAACACUGGUUUCUGGAACCUGCUUUUUACCAGGUGGCGAUGCUGUACAUGUUCACCCGUCUCAUUGUCAACCUAUCUCAGACAUACAUUGCAAUGUACCUCACCAACUCGCUAUUGCUUCCAAAGAGAUACAUUGCCACAAUCCCCCUGGUGAUGUAUAUUAGUGGCUUCCUCUCCUCCUUUCUGAUGAAAACUGUGAACAAGCGGAUUGGCAGAAAUCUCACCUACUUCCUGGGACUGCUGAUUAUCUUGGCCUUCGCCUCUUGGGUGGCCAUAGCUGAGAAACUCGGCAUAGAAGUUUACGGGGCUGCUGUCCUGCUUGGGACCGGGUCAGCCACCAUCCUGGUAACAUCCCUCUCCAUGACAGCUGAUCUCAUCGGGCCCCACACGCACAGCGGCGCAUUCGUCUACGGGGCCAUGAGCUUCACUGAUAAAGUCGCCAAUGGAUUGUCGGUGAUGAUUAUCCAGGAUCUGCAUCCAUGCCCGACUCAGCUCUGUUGCAACGGCUGUGUGACUUUCUACCACUGGGUAAUGGUCUCGGUUACUGGAGGCAUGGCAAUUGUGGCUGCCCUGUUCCUAGCCACCAUCAUGAUCUGGCCAAUCAGCAUCCGCUUCCAUAAUGUUGCGAUUUCAGGAUUAACAGGGGUGAAUCCAAGCAACUCCCAGUAUUUGGAGGAAGGAGAAUCACUGGCUGUGGUGAAUUGAGGCAUCUGAAGGAGCAAAGCUUGGACAGGAUGGAGUUGCAACAGAAUGGAAAUCCAAAGAACUGUUUCAUCCAGCUUGGAUUUGCCCUUAUUUGCUCUCUGGACCCAACAUGGACAAUCCCAGCAUAUUUUGCACAAAUCUUCCUUGACCCUUUAUGGGAAGAUUCUUUCCUUUGACCACUUCAUUCCCCCAGUUGGUCCCUUGUGCAGCUAGUGGAGUACUAGCAAUGAAGCAAGAUCUUCCACCACCUAAUCCAUUCCCUUUUUCUACCUAUUUGUAUUUAAAAAGUAAAAAUAAAUAAAUGUGGGGUUUUUUAUUUAAGAAAUAAUUAAACUAUCUUAAGUAAAAAAAAAGUUCUAGUUAUGUUUUUACUUUGCUAAAUAUUGAUCUGUAAAAUACAGGG